GUGUUUCUGUACGGAGUGUCAUCAAUGUAACACACGUUUUAUGCUAACCGCGGGCUUCAAUCUACAUACAGAGGAUCAGUCUUACAAAACUCAUUUUCAGUCAUUUUACAUUUGACAAGAAUGACAGUGUUUUGUAUUUGACAAACAGUACAAUCGCCAUGAAUCUUGACAGGCUUCGCAAAAGAGUGCGACACUACAUUGAUCAGCAACAGUAUCAAAGUGCUCUGUUCUGGGCUGACAAAGUAGCAUCCUUAUCACAUGAGGAUCCUCAAGACGUUUAUUGGUUAGCACAGUGCCUUUAUUUGACAGCACAGUAUCACAGAGCUUCUCAUGCGCUCAGAUCUCGCAAACUUGACAAGUUGUAUGGAGCCUGCCAGUAUCUAGCUGCAAGAUGUCACUAUGCUGCCAAAGAAUAUCAACAAGCUCUAGACAUACUGGACAUGGAGGAAGCGGCCAGCAAAAAAAUAUUGGAGAAGAAUGUAAAGGAGGAUAAUGGCUCAAGAGUAACCGUGAAGGAAUGGGAAAUGUCUCCUGCCUCAAUCAACAGUUCCAUCUGUCUCCUGCGGGGGAAGAUCUAUGAUGCCAUGGACAACAGACCCCUAGCCAUGUCUAGCUACAAAGAGGCCUUGAAACUGGAUGUCUACUGCUUUGAAGCCUUUGACCUUUUGACAUCCCAUCACAUGCUGACCGCCCAAGAGGAGAAAGAUUUCUUGGAUUCUCUGCCUUUAAGUCAACAAUGUACAGAAGAGGAAGUGGAAUUGCUGCGUUUCCUUUUUGAAAAUAAAUUAAAGAAGUAUAACAAACCUAGCGAGAUGGUGGUCCCAGAAAUAGUCAACGGUCUCCAGGACAACUUGGAUGUUGUCGUCUCCCUCGCAGAGCGACAUUAUUACAACUGUGACUUUAAAAUGUGCUACUCUCUUACAUCAAUGGUUAUGGUGAAAGACCCGUUUCAUGCUAACUGUUUACCAGUGCACAUAGGAACCCUUGUUGAGCUGAGCAAAGCAAAUGAGUUGUUUUACCUGUCUCAUAAACUGGUGGAUUUGUAUCCCAGCAAUCCAGUUUCGUGGUUUGCUGUUGGCUGUUACUACCUCAUGGUUGGGCAUAAAAACGAACACGCGAGGCGCUAUCUGAGUAAAGCCACCACACUGGAGCGCACAUACGGACCGGCAUGGAUCGCAUACGGUCACUCGUUUGCUGUGGAGAGUGAACACGAUCAGGCCAUGGCUGCGUACUUCACUGCUGCCCAGCUCAUGAAAGGAUGUCACUUGCCCAUGCUGUACAUCGGUUUGGAGUAUGGACUCACUAACAACCCCAAGCUGGCAGAACGUUUCUUUAGCCAGGCCCUCAGCAUUGCACCUGAGGACCCCUUUGUCAUACACGAGGUAGCUGUGGUUGCUUUCCAAAAUGGAGACUAUAAAACAGCCGAGAAGUUGUUUCUAGAUGCUAUGGAUAAGAUCAAGGCCAUUGGAAAUGAGGUGACGGUAGACAAAUGGGAGCCGCUCUUAAACAAUUUAGGUCAUGUCUGUCGAAAAUUGAAGAAAUAUGAACAGGCUCUCGAAUACCACAGGCAAGCUUUGGUCCUCAUCCCACAGAAUGCCUCCACUUACUCAGCCAUCGGUUAUGUGCACAGCCUCAUGGGAGAUUUUGAGAGUGCCAUUGACUACUUUCACACUGCACUUGGUCUUAAACGAGAUGACACAUUUUCCGUAACCAUGCUGGGUCACUGCAUUGAGAUGUAUAUCAGCGACUCGGAUGCUUACAUUGGAACUGAUAUUAAAGACAAAGUAAGAAAGACCCUCAGCACACCUGCACUGAUGAAGAUGCUCAACACUUCUGCCGACGGCAAUGAGAGCAGAGCUCAACCGGUAGAAGAGGUGAACGUGUGCCUGGAAACGCAGUCUUUCAAUGCUGAUAAACAAAACGAUGCUUUCCAGCGCUUCCUCUUAGAAUGUGACAUGCACGAGAGCGAUAUGAUGCUGGAGACGUCCAUGUCUGACACCAGUACGUGAUUGAGACCUAUAAAUGGGUCAAAGAGGAACUUUGAGCAUGCGAUGAUGAUAGAAUGUGACACUAAAGAGGACACAAAUAACCCACCCUCCCUCCACCCACCACCCCAGCCGUGUCCUGUGUGUCAGACCCCUGUGGAUUUUUUUACUAUGAAUAAAUGUAAAGAAGUGAAUGCAAAAGGGUUCGAAUGGUUUAAUCAAUAAACCCUGCAUCCAUAUUUUUACACA